CACUCCCGCUCUCGCUCUGCCCGCCUGCUGGACCAGCGUGAGCGAACAAAGAGCACUCGACAUGGCACCUCAGCACCCGGCAGGCUGCCAGUGCGGCGACGAGGACGCCCACGUCCUCCUCGAUGGCACCUUGAACUUUCUGUACCAGCACGUCGACCGCGACCAGGUCGUUGCCCUCAACUGCGACGACCCAGAACACGCCAAGGUCGUCAUUCGCCCCUGGGACCAGCGCAACCAAGACGACGAAUGGCUCGAGUCGGACGCCGACGAGCAGCUCAUCCUCCACAUCCCCUUUACCGGCUCCGUCAAGCUGCGGUCCAUCCUCAUCAAGACAGGGCCAGCCGGCUACACCCCGGACAAGAUGCUCGUCUUCGCCAACCAGCUCCUCGACUUUGACGAGGCGACGUCGCAAGACGUGACGCAGUCGUUCGACGUCGCCGUCACGAAGGAGGUCGUCGAGUACGCCGUCCGACCUGCCAAGUUCCCCUCAGUCCGGUCCCUCACCCUCUUCUUUCCCUCGAACCACGGCGAGGACACGACGCGCGUCUCGUUUGUCGGCUUCAAGGGCGAGUACUCGGCCCUGACGCGAGACCCGAUCAUCACCGUCUACGAGGCGCAGGCCAACCCGGCCGAUCACGCCAAGCUGCCCGGGCUCGACACGGCGUCGCACAGCCGCAUCGGCUAGACUCGCCCUCCUCGCCCUCUCUCUCUCUUGCUUUGUCUCUCUCAGUCUCUCGUUAUGCGCACCCUGGAUCUGUUUGUAGCACGAUACACCUGCACUGCAAUACUUCUGUCCUU